AGACGGCGAUCGUGGCACAGUACCCGACUGUACGAUGGCCAAACAGUAGUGCUGGUGAUGAUUUACGUUAUAUUCCCCUUCUCCGGUCGGCAGAACACAGCGUGCACAGUAACACGAAGUUACGCGGUUCCAUACAGUGGAAGCUCCCUAAUCCUGAAUGCUAGACUAUAUUCUUGGGCGGACCAUGGUUUUCCAGUACGCGUCUUGUUCUCCAUGCUGCCAUAUGGGUUAAGGAAUGCUUUCGCACAGCUAUUAGGGAUACAGCGAUGCAUUGUUGGGCAGGCGCAUCCGCAUUUCCCGAUAUUCAUUGAUGGGAAUGGUGAUUCCUGACGCCAACUCUGCUGUUCCCCAUUAAUCCAAGGUCUCCGGCCCUUCCUCUCUUUGUCGAUCACGGCCGGUCGUCUCGCCUGCACGGCCCCACCGCUGGUCCUGAUUAAUGUUGCUCCGAACAUGACUUCUUCACUUCUUCACUAUUUAUUCCACCGCUGUCAAUGGACAGCACUUGGGGUCUGUCUUACAAGCCGUCAGUCAUGGCGCCGGCAUGAUGAACCUCGACGAAGUGGGGCUGGCCAAUUCUGGGAAUGUGAUAUACUUGGUGAACGUAACGCUGGGAGGGGAAGACUUCACCGUCCAACUUGAUACCGGGUCGACUGACCUUUGGAUUGAUGCUCGCGGUCGCAAUGUCAAGCUCACGAAUUCCACUACCAAUACCGCGAACGAGACGUACGGACAGGGCUCAGCGUCCGGUACCAUCAACUAUGCUGAGCCGACGGUCGGAGACUAUGUCGUUGCCUCACAAGCCUUUGUGAAGGCAUCGGAGGUCGAGAAUAUGCCCGCCGGAAUCCAGGGUAUUCUUGGUAUGGCGUUUGACAACGCCAGGAUUUUCGAGAACCUCGAACAAGCGUGGGGAACGGAAGCAGCAGAGAAGCUCGGUCGCGCCUUCAUCACCAAUCUCUUCGCCCAGAACCAAUCUCUCCCCAACAACUUUGACCUCCAGCUCGGCCGGUCAACCUUCGAUGAUCCGACCGGGAAUAACACGUUCAUCAUCAGCGGUCAUGCGGCGGGUUUCGAGGACGUCGCACAGGCCCCGAAACUUACUCGCGAGGUUUCCGACCACUGGACCGUCCUCUUGGACGAGAUGCGCGUAGAUGGUAAACAAUUCUUGUUCAACAAGUCGGUCGUCUCUGGUGUACCCGAAGGCAACGUCCUUGCUGUUCUUGACAGCGGCUUUUCUCUCCCACCCCUCCCUGCUGCCGCUGUCAACGCUAUUUACAGCACGGUUCCGGGAGCCGUGCUUCAUAGCAGUCCAAUCGGUGCCCUCAAUGGCUGGAUUCUUCCUUGCGACUUCCCUCCCAUUGAUGUCUCAUUCACUUUCGGCGGCAAGGAAUACCCCGUCCACCCGCUAGACCUGUUCCUGCCUGUGUUCCCGGUCCCCAUUAUUGAAAACGGCAGCGAGAAGAACGUCACUGUGUGCGUGGCGACCUAUCAGGCCUUGGCGCUCGAUCCUGCUUCCUUCAACACUUUCGACCUGAUCCUCGGCGACGCGUUCCUCCGUAGUGUCUACGCUUCCUUCGACUAUGGGGACUACAACCCAACGAACAACACUAAUGGCCAGCCCUUCGUGCAGAUGGUGUCCACGGUCGACGUCUACUCCGCUCCGAACGAGUUCGAGGACUUCCUCUCUGAACUGCGCAGCAACGCUCCUCCGUCUCUCGAGCCCUCCGUAUUCGUCACCAAGCAGCUCUCUCCUUCCCUAACUGGGGGCACCAACGCAUCUACUGACAGUUCGGUGCGCGGUUCGCUCGCUACCGACGCCGACGCUACAUCCUCCGGCUCCUCCAACGGCUUGGACAAGAAGUGGGGCACCAUCGCGCUCGCGCUCCUUGCCGCGAACCUCCUGGUCGGGAUCAUCCUCCUCAUCGUCGUGCUCACCAUGUGUGUUCGCGGGAUGAAGGGCCGGAGGAUGUCGAAUCCUGAUUCGCGGUGUCACGCUGUUCCCGUCAAAUUCAAAGAAGUCGCCGAUCCCGAUCCUGAAGCGGGCCCGCUCAGGUAUAGCGACUGAGUCCAGAAGGCGGUAGUAGGGUGAUUGUCUAGAGCCAUCACCGCUGUCCGACGUUCCCGCCGACCCUCGUAGACCCUGAAAGCGACUGCCGUCACGAAGGCGCUUCACCCUUUGCGUAAUACAUCUCGCCUAAAUACGUUCGGCAAGUUUGUCACAUCCGAGUUCUAACGUCGUUCUGCGUUGUCUGCUUGGCCGCUCCUCCAAUGCAUAC